AAAAAAAGGCUCCUAGGAGGGUAAAAUAAGAUCUCAUUCUCUCCCAAUUGCUCUUUUUCUCUCUGUUUUGUUCUGCAAUGCAGUUGACACUAUGUUACGCUUACCACCCGAUAUUGUAUUACACAUCUUUUCGUUUCUUCCUCUGUUAGACCUUAUCAAGACCCGAAAUGAACAGUCACUAAAUUUUUACAGUCAUCAAGAAUUGUUAGCCCGCAUCAAACGAGAUGGAUGGACGUUAUUUUUCCAAACACCGUCCGAAUAUUUCAGUCUAUUAUGCAACCGCGAUACGCCAUUGAUACCUUUGGCUACUUUUACCUGUGUGGGUUAUCAAUCGCGUUCACGUACCCUGAGAUUUGUUUCGACGGAUACGCUGGAGAUGCCUGCAGAUAAUUUUUUAGUGAUUCGUAUGUAUUGUAAAGAAUGGAUCCAUUUCCUGAGUGAAGAUGAUUCAAUGACCUUAUUAAAAAUCGGGUGGCGACCGGGUGAACAUGGAGAACGUCGCAUGAAUGAACAUGUCCAAAUCGCUUAUUCGUGUCUAAAAACCAUAAAGAAUACCUGUCAUCAAUGUCGUCCCAGUGAUCGAUGUCGUAAACAUGCCUUCUUAUCCACGCCUACUGCCAUCACGAAAAAUCUGUUGCAAAUUCACACUGUACGAGUCUCCUUGGAUUGGUUAAAUCGAGGUUUCAUCGUUUAAAGUUUUUUUUUUGUGACUCUAAAAUCAU